UAUGGCUUGGAUGGUGCGCUGACGCUUCUGGCCUUCUCUUGUCGCAGGGAUGACAGCGCCUCCCUCUCAGCACUCAAGCGCUUGGAGCGCAGCCAGCGCACGGAUAAGAUCGAUGCGCAGUUUGGGUUCGAGAGGGUGAAGGAACCUGGAGAAAGGACCGGCUGGCUGAUCAACAUGCACCCUACAGAGAUUUUGGAUGACGAUAAAUGUUUGAUUAGUGCUGUGGAUUACUAUUUCAUUCAGGAGGAUGGAGGCAGGUUUAAGGUGAGUUUGCGUCCGAGGAGGAGACUAAGGUCCCUUGAGAUUGAUCCUUGCGGGCCCCUUGAAAACCCUGUUGGAAACCUGAUCAAACUCGGGGGGGAAAUAACAAGUCAGGCUUCCUACAGGUGA